AUGUCGGCUCUCUUCAACUUUCAGAGCUUGUUGCUCGUCAUCGUGCUCAUGAUAUGCACAUGCACAUACGUUCGAGCGACGGCCCCUGGAUUGAUAGAUAGGAACAAGGAAGGGUGAGCGAUGGCCUUGUCUGACAUUCCUCUGUUCUGCUGCGAGGGCGGACGGGCGGAUAUGUCGGUUGCGAAGCCAAUGAGGUGCGCAUGGCCAUCAGCCGGCACGAACGCCCAGGUCUGGUGCUCAAGUCGCAUCGAUUUGUCAUGAAGCCUGGGGCCUCUGCAAGGCUCACACUUCCACCCGAGUUGCCUCAAGCGGCAUAGUGCUUGAGCAUCGCGCAAAGAAGUUCCGUUUCGAAGCGGCUCUUUUCUGUCCGUGAUGGGUUUCGCUUACCCUCUUUUCCCCCCCUCCUCUUGCCAAUCGACACAGCUUUUUCGGCUUGUUCUUCAAAGCAGCCAGGAUAGGUGCGUACCAAUACCACCCCCCACGAACCGGGUGCGCUCUCUCUCUCUCUCUCUCUCUCCCACAUGGCUCAUCCUACACUCUUUUCCUCGACCCUUGUUCGUCGAUUCGUUAGGCGAAAGGUUGAGCCCUUACGUAUCGUUGGCCUGCAUCAUCAUGGCCUUGUACUUGGUCGUCUAA